CGGCAGGCUGGCGAUGGCGUGUCCCCUGGAGCAGGCGCUGGCCGUGAUGGUCACCACCUUCCACAAGUACUCGGGCAAGGAAGGGGACAAGUACAAGCUCAGCAAGCAGGAGCUCAAGGAGCUGCUCAACAAGGAGCUGCCCGUCUUUGGGAGCAAGCAAAUGGAUGAUGCCGAGUUCAAGAGGCUCAUGAACGACCUGGACCACGACAAGGACAGCGAGGUGGACUUCAAGGAGUACGUCUGCUUCCUGGCCUGCAUCACCAUGGGCUUCAACGAGUUCUUCAGGGAUUGCCCCACCAAGCAGCACCGCAAGAAGUGAUCCCAUCGGGGCUUCCAAUAAAGGCUUUCCCAAA